GGUUUUCCAUAUCUUUGGUGUCAUUACUUUGAUAGUUUCUAACGUUGGUCACAUAAAUAAAAAUAUUACUUUUAUCUCUAGUUCUGAUGUAGAACAACAAACGGCAUGGAAAAGGAAAAGGUUAAGCUGUAUAUAAUUUGAAAUAUAUUGUAAAAGCUGUUACAUAAAAACUUCUACGGAGCUGCUGUGAAGUAAGAGUUGAUGAACGUCCAUAAUGACACGUUUUGCCCGGGCUCGUGGAUCGAAGGCAAGCAACGAGAAAGUUCCGGAAGAGGCUACUUCAUGGAGAGACAUGAGGAGACAGCUCCUGGAGUCCCAGACAAGGCGAGAAACCCCAGAAACCCCUGUCAGACCCACCUGGCGACAACUUUUGCGUGAUGACACCGUUAACCGUGGAUCACAGUGGGCCACAUUUGAGGAUAAUACUAAUGGAUCAGCAAACCUUCCCAAUUCAGAGAAGAAGAAAAAUAAAGGUGCAGCAUCAUCAUCUUUGUUGGAUGCUAGUAAAAGUGCAUUUCAGAAAAAAGAUGUUCUUUCUAAAACAGUUGAUGGGAAAGUUAAGAAAUCUAAAAAAUUGAAAGUGAAAAAGAAUGGCAUCUUGGAAACUCUAAAUAAUGGUGAAAAAAUAAGUGGUGCUGGCCAAAAAACCAAUCAUGAAGUGACUUACUCAAAGAUGCAAAAUGUGAAGAAUUCUAAAAAAUUGAAAGCAAAAAAGAAUGGCAUCUUGGAAACUAUAAAUGAUGGUGACUGCAACUUCAUGGAGAGACAUGAAGUGACAGACUCAAAGAUGCAAAAUGUGAAGAAUUCUAAAAAAUUGAAAGCAAAAAAGAAUGGCAUCUUGGAAACUAUAAAUGAUGGUGAAGACAGAAGUGGUACUGGCCAAAAAACAAUUCAUGAAGUGACUGAUUCAAAGAUACAAAAUGUGAAGAAUUCUACAAAAUUGAAAGCAAAAAAGAAUGGCAUCUUGAAAACUCUAAAUGAUGGUGAAAACAGAAGUGGUACUGGCCAAAAAACAAAUCUUGAAGUGACUGACUCAGAGAUGCAAAAUGUGAACAAGAAGCAAAACAAUAGAAAAAGAAAGAAUUUGAAAAAAGGAGAGGAUGUGAAAAACGCUCAGUUUUCUUCACCCAGUGAAAACAGAAACAGUUUCAAAAGUAAUAAGACAGGUCGGGAUGGUGGAAGUGGUGCUGGUAAAAAGCUGCAGAAAAAAAAGAAGCCGACCAGGGCUGAAAAAAUAGAAAGUGGUAAACCAUACAAGCGCAGGAAGCCAUUUGAUGACAAAAUGGUUAUGAUCUUGAAUGGGAAGGAAAUAUAUGUAUCAAAGUUUAAUGGUUUCAGUGUGAAGACAGAGGAUGCUGAAAGAUUGAAUGAGUUGAAGAAGAAGUUGAGAGCAAAAGGUAUCCCGGAGGCGGAGAUCAGUGCCGCGAUGAAGUUGGAGCGUCGCAGGGCGGAGAAGGCCCUCGCCAGGGAACGGAAGAAGGUGUGUUUCCACUGCCGUGGCUCGGGCCACGUGUUGUCGGAGUGCCCGGACCUGGCGAGCGGAGAGGCCGCCGGCAUUUGCUACAAGUGCGGCUCCACCGAGCACAAGGCGUUCGAGUGCCGGGCGGGCAAAACUGACGCGUUCCGAUUCGCCACGUGCUUCGUCUGCUCGGAGCAAGGCCACAUUUCCUCGCAGUGUCCAAGGAACUCCAGGGGACUCUACCCGAAAGGUGGAGGUUGCCAUGUUUGUGGAGAGGUCACCCAUUUGAAAAAGGACUGCCCCAGACUCCAACAACAGCAAGAAUCACAGACUUUCACUGUUGGCACUCUAAAUGGUGUCGCAUUGGAAUCACUCGAUAGCGAAGCUACGGCUCAACCUGCCAAAAGUGUUCAAGUUAAAAAAGUAAAACAUAUAAAGUUUGUUUAAAAUAGCAUCAUUGCUAAGUAUUUUCAAGCGAAAUAAAAAAGUGAAUGAGUGUCAGUACUCACCAGUGAUGUGUAAAGAUCUUAUUCGUAUGUUCUCAUGUUGCAAAUAAACUUAUAAUACGAAACUCA